CAUAACAUUGUGUGACAAAAUUAACGUAAUUUGAAAGCCUACUAAUAUAAUUUAAAGUUCUUGGAUACCAGGCGUUUGAAUUUUUAGAUGAUCUGAUGAAAGUGUUGUCAACCAAAUUAGUGUGCAUUUUGUGAGUUGCUGAUGAACCAUACCUUGUAGGAUCUGCGUUCGAUGGGUUUCCCACGACUAGCCGCAUGCAAGUCUCGUGAUAACAAUUCAUUUCCGGUUUAUCGUCUCCAUUCCAGAAUAGAAGUUUCAUUUUUUGACGGUCUUUGUCGCGGAGAAAUAGAAGAGUCAUGAUGUUCUCUUGUCGGCUGCUUCUUCUUUUAAUAGUUACAAAUGUUUCCAUAAAUGCAUCAUACCCACGUAAAACAUCGACAGCGAGCAUCGAAGACCGACUGGCUGUUCUAAAAAACAAGCAACCUCCAAUGGAGGUUGUUUCAGUUUUCCACACAUACCAGGGUAAAUUGAGAUACCAGCAGUAUGUUAAGGAGCAGUGGUCAAAUUGGCAAGACAUGGGCUCUCCUGAAGGGAAAUCCAUAAUUUCAAACCCUGUUGCCCUCCAUGAUCCCAACAAUCAGACAUUUGUGUUUUGUCUUUGUGAUGAUGGUCAAGUUUAUUUCCUGAAACAAGAGGCUGAUGGGACAUCAUUUGAUUUUGGAAAGUGGCUUUUAAUCAGUACCAAAAUUCCAUUUGAAGAAGGAGUGACUCUGAAUGGAAAAGACACUUUGUCAGUAGUGAACUAUCAGAAUAAACUAUCAGUCUUCACAAGGUCGGUGACAAAAUCCUCCCAUUUGUACUGGACACAGCAAGUCAAUGGUAAUUGGUCGGACUGGGCUCUGAUUGGUGGAUCAUCUGUCUCAAUAAAAUCUGAUGUAGCAGUAGCUUAUAAUAGUUUCUCAAAGUAUCUAGAAGCAUUUGCCAUCAUGGAAAACAAUAAAAUGUACAGGACUUGGCAAAUAGGUCCGACAAAAUGGGUGUCAUGGUAUGAAACAGGAUAUGGUGCCCCAGAGACCCAGCAUGCCCCAGUAGUGCACCAAAUGAGCCACAGUAUAUUCAAUGGUGUCCUCAGUGUGUUUAUUUAUGGUGAUGAUGGCUACAUUCACCACAUAUGGCAAACAACCUGUGAUAAGGUUCCAAACCCUUGGGGGUGGUGCACUUGGAGUUUGUGGUACAAGAUUGGUGGCAAGAUUCCUGCGACUGACCCUUCAUAUAAUCCUUUGAGUAUUGGGGCUAAUAUACAUCUUGGAAUUGAGGUAUUCACAGUAGGGAAAGAGGGUGGCCUGUGGCACAUGUGGGAGCUCGAGCGUGGUGCCAAGUGGAACUCAUGGCAAUAUGUUGUGCAUCCUCCAUCAGCCUUGACCAGUCAUCCCACCAUCGCUAAUGAUGACAAAGGAUGGUGGGCAGCAUAUGCAUUAAGUGCUAAAGAUGAUGUUGAGAUAAUUGAACAGAAUCGGUCCCUAGUCCUUUCAAAAACACAUGUGGCAUUUGGAAUUGCAGUUAAUGUCUCAUGGUCUGUACCAGUUGAUGAAGCCACAGACAAGGAUUGGAUAGGUGUAUACCCAUCUGGUGCUGACAAUGAAAUGUAUGUGGACUUUUUUUAUGUUGGAGGAGGACAGAAUCCAAAUGCAGACCCAGUACCUGAAGGAUCUCUGACCUUCAAAUCUUAUCUUCCCAAUGGCAAAUAUGACUACCGUUACCUGGUGAAUAAGAGAUUCUUUGAUGCAGUGAGUUCAACUCUGACUGUAUUCAACGCCACAGAAAAAAAAGACUGGGUUCAACUUUACAGAGGGAUUGCUGCAGGAUUAGGCAAAGAAGGUUUUAAUUUUGAAAAAUGUGUUGAAGAUGGAAACCAAACUGUAGCAGUGUUCAAGGAGUCAUUCAAUGCCUUUAAAAACAAAAGCAUUUUCAAAGGACUGCAGUUGUUUGGUACAGCUCUUAUGGACAUAGUAAAGGCAUUCGAAGAUUGCAGUGAGACUGACAUUGCUAAAGCAAUUGAGAAACUGGCCACUGAUUUCAUAAACUGCGUUGAAGGUAACUGUGCCAACUUUGUGAUUGAUGCUGCUGCAAGGCUUAUUAUCCUUUUUGAGAAUGUGAUUGAGAUAUAUGGUGACAUAAGAGGGGCAACAAAUUCCUUCCACAUAAAGGCUUAUGAACAAGGUAAAAGUCAACUGAAUUACACUGGUUUACAUCUUUCAGAAUAUAAUUUGAAAAGUUAACUUUGAGAACCAGAUAAAUUGAAUCACUCAAUAUCUGCAGAUUGUGGGAGACCAUGGUUAUCAAAAAUGCUGAAUGGACAUGUGUUUAAUGUGUCUACCAGCCUCUCUUUCCAGUUUCUACAUACAUACAUACAUACAUACAUACACACAUACAUACACUUUUUGAUAAGGCAGGUCAGUUUGCGGCAACCUUAAGGCUGGUGUGGACCUGCCAGUAACUCAAUUAAAAUCCAUAUUUACGCACAAUCUUAAAUAUAAAAACCUUAAAUCUAAUUAAUGAAAUUUCUAAAAAUAAAAACUAAAAGUAUAAGAGAUCUGAUUAUUUUGAUGUUACCAUACAGGCCUCUUUUUCGAAUUGAAUUUGGAAAAAGAGGACUGAGAAUACAUGCUGAGCAGCAUUU